GUUUGUGGCAUGCCCUGCUUAGUCGGAAACCGUCUACCUUCGAUUAUCGUGGAAGUGUAUCGGAAUCAUUGACGUUUGCAUUAAAUUUAUCUAUCAAUAUUCUGCUAGAGACGCGAUUUAUCGUAAUAUGACGGUGACAGAAGUCAACGGUACGACGAUAAAUGCGCCCAAUUUGAACAACGCUGUCGAAAGUGAAAAGAAGAAUGCAACUGCAAAGAUAGAAGAACUGAUUAAUGAAGAGGAUGAAAUUACUCUGGAAGAUUUGGCGCCAGAUGGUGGCUGGGGAUGGAUGAUUGCAUUGGCAAUGAUAUUAAUUCUCUUUACCACGAUAGGCCCAGGAUCGUGUUUUGCUAUAAUCUUUGGCGAUUUUCUUGAAGAUUCCGGCCAGGCAGGCAUGGCAUCGAGUCUCUUCAAUUCCGUCUUUAUGAUCAAUUAUUCUAUUGCCAGUUUGCUCACCAAUACACUGUUGAAGAGAUAUUCUACAAGACCGGUUGGAACUGUGGGUGCACUCUUCUUCGCGUUAUCUAACAUCGCCCUGGUCUUCGUUAGAAAUAUAUAUGACAUGGCUUUUAUUUAUUUUCUACAAGGUUUUGGAUUGGGCUUGAUUAUGACAAUUACUAAUACGGUUUUCAACUCGUACUUCGUGAAGAAAAGAGCGAAAGUGAUGUACGCGUCGCAAGUCAUUGUUGCGUUAGGCGGAAUUGUUUAUCCUAUGUUGUGCGAAAGGAUGUUGGCGUUGUACGGUUUUCGCGGUACUGCGGCAAUCAUAGGUGCUCUAAGCCUUAAUAGCGUCGUUGGAAUGACAAUGAUGCAUCCCGUGGAAUGGCACGCUAAAAAUCCGGCAGAGGUUCGUGCUGAAAGAGCGCGCGAAAAGGAACAAAAAGUCUUUCAAGAAUUGGCACUAUCGAAUCGUCGUUCAACUAUCCACGUGAUCCACUCAUCUUCCAAGACUAAAUGGAGCAGUCUUCGUAGUCUCAAGGAAGAAAGGGGCACAAAUACACCAUUGCUGAAUGAAGUUUUUAAGCCUUCUGCACAAAGAGUUGCGUCAGUCUCAGCAAUUGAGAGCGGAAUGCGUUGGAGAGCGAAAUCAGGAUCUAUAUGGGAAAGUUUAUCGAGGCGUACAUCGGCUAUCUCGGCCUCUAGCUUAGUUAAUUUGGCGACUCGCACGACUUAUGUACUAAGCGACAUACGGCUUCAUCUAGAAAAGAAGUAUAGUGAAAGACGAACAGAUAAAGAAACGCAGGAGAAGGAAGAGAAACAAAAAAAGGAAAUCCAGGAAAAGGAAGAGAAAGAAAAUAAAGAAAUUCAGGAGGAGGAAGAGAAACAAGAAAAGGAAACUCAGGAGAAGGAAGAGAAACAAGAUAAGGAAAUCCAAGAGAAAGAAGAAAAACAAGACAUUGAAAAAGAACAAAAGGCAAUAAAGUAUAAAAUCAUUCUGAGAGAUCUAGUGGAUAUGUCUCUGGUGAAGAAUAUCUGUUUCAUAAAUUUGUGCUUCGGCGUCAGUUUCGUGUGUACUGCCGACUUUGGUUUCUCUUCUCUACUUCCUCUUAUGAUGACCGAUGCGGGAUACCCGAAAGCCUAUGCCGCACUGAGCGUCACAAUCAGUGGAAUAGCCGAGCUGGCGUCAAAAAUUUUACUGUCAAUUUUUACACUAAUAAUAAACGUAAAAUCAAAGUAUAUAUUCUUUAUCGCCACAAUCUUGAUGGGAUUCGCAAGAAUAGGAUUCCUGCUAUAUGAGGGUACAAUAAAAGGCGCGUUAAUUACAAUAAUGUUAAUUGGAGCCGUGCGAUCGUGGCUGCUGGUCCCGCAGCCUCUGGUUAUCAUAGAAGAUCUCCAAAUAGAAAAAUUUGCCUCGGCUUACGGCCUCAACGCUGCCAUCUGCACUUUAGUCACGAUAAUUUUCGGCGCCAUCGUAGGAAUUAUUAAGGAUUGGACUGGUAGUUACAAAAUGUAUCAAAUUUCUUUACUAGUGUUAAAUAGUGUUUUUAUUUUACCUUGGGCUUUGCAAUUCAUCUUUGUAGACUUCAGAAAAUGGCGAAAGCAACGCGCGCAAGAAACUAACACAAAAUCUAUCGACUAUCGAUGGGAAUGAAGAGAUGUAGAACAUCUCGAGAAUUAGUGACUAUUACUGAUCCACUUAUCAAAUUGCAUUCUUGCUCCUUCUUUAUUAAAAUGUUUAGUAUUCUUAGUUAUUCUCGGUGUACAUACAUGGAGCAAGUUAAUUUUUAUGUAUGUAAAAUAGCUAUCUGCUGGUUAUAAUAUAGAAAAUUUUAUAUUUUAUAAUA